CCUCCAACUUCUCCACUUUCAUUCCAAACAAAGUAAACGAAGAUAGAAAAAAUGGGAUUGAGGGGAUUAGAGGUAUGUUUGGUUGUGGUUUUAUUAGCAACAGUUGGUAAAAUUCAAGCAGAAGAAAAGAAAGCAGGAAAAGAUGAAGUUGUGAUCACACUUGAUUAUUCCAACUUCGAUGAUGUUGUCUCCAAACAUGACUUUAUCCUUGUUGAGUUUUAUGCUCCUUGGUGUGGAUUCUGCAAACAACUAGCUCCAGAGUAUGAGAAGGCUGCUGCUGAACUAAGCAAGCAUGACCCUCCAAUCACCCUAGCAAAAGUUGAUCUUACAAUUGAGGAAAAUAAUGAGCAUUUUAAAAGCAAGUUCGAUAUCAAAGGAUACCCUACUCUUAAGAUCAUAAGAAAUGGAGGUAAAAUUGUCCAUGAUUAUAAGAAUCCACCUCUAGCAGCUGAUGAUAUAAUUCAAUAUGUCAAGAAACAACUUGGACCUGCCUCUGCUGAAAUCAAAUCUAUUGAUGAUGCUGCUAAAAUCAUCGACGAAAAGAAGAUCUUCAUUGUAGGGGUGUUCCCAAAGUUUGAAGGGGAAGAAUAUGAAAACUUCACCAAGUUAGCUGAUAAGUUGCGAUCUGAUUAUGAGUUUGGACAUACAUUGGAUGCUAAGGUCCUUCCGAGGGGUGAUUUGUUUGUCAAAGGGCCGAUAAUUAGAAUGCUUAAGCCAUUUGAUGAUCUCUUUGCCGAUACUAAGGAUUUCGAUUUGGCGGCCUUAGAGAAGUUCAUUGAAGAAGAAGAUUUGCCUUCGGUUGUUCCAUUCACUAUGGAUCCCACCAAUACUUACCUUCGUAAAAUCUUCACAGGCGAAAAUACUAAGAUCAUAAUGAUUUUGGACUUCAGUAGCAAAAAUGCUGCUGCUUUGAAGGCCAAGUUUAAUGACAUUGCUGUCCUGCUUAAAGGCAGCAACAAAUACUUUCUACUUGGUGAUGCUGAACCUAGUAAAGAACUACUCCAGCACUUCAAGCUCGAUAAAUCUGAUGCUCCUCUCAUCUUUAUCCAUGAGAGUGAAACUAAGAAAUAUCUUAAGACAAAUGUGGAACCAGAUCAAAUUGUGCCUUGGUUCAGGAAAUACCUGGAUGGAAAGAUAGAGCUAUUUAUGGUGUCUCAACCUAUUCCUCUAGAGAACAAUGAGCCUGUGAAAGUGGUGGUCCUUGAUAGCUUGUCAAACAUGGUUUUGGACUCUAAAAAGGAUGUUUUCCUAGAGUUUUAUGCACCUUGGUGUGGUCACUGCAAGAACCUUGCUCCAAUCUUAGAUGAAGUUGCUGUCUCAUAUCAAAAUGACCCUGAUAUCUUGAUUGCUAAAUUUGAUGCAAGUGCCAAUGAUGUCCCAAAAGACAUAUUUAAGGUUGAGGGCUUCCCAACCAUGUUCUUCAUAUCAAAAAAUAAGGAGAAAAUUGGUUACAAUGGAGGUAGAACUAAGGAAGACAUUGUCAACUUCAUUGAAGAACAUAGAAGUGAUAAAAAGAUCAACAAAAGUGAAGAACCUGAGAAAACAAUCGAUCAAGUUGAUGAAACAGUUGCAUCCAAGGAUGAAUUAUAAGCACAUAAUUCGUUUUUUGUUUAUGUUUGAGGAUAGUUUUUUCAUCCUUGUCUCUUUUUUUUUGCAAUAAAGUGAAAUAAACUUACCAUCAUUCAUGGGUUGUUGCAUCGAUUCGAUUCUCUCCUUGUAAUAAUGGAUUAUGGUCCGUUGUUAUUCAAACGAAAGAAGUGGAUGCAAAUUCCCAUCUACCA